AUGGGUGACAUUUCUUCCGACGAGAUUUUUAGGAACGAUAACUCUGGUCGAAUUGACCAGCAGCACCCAUCAGAUCCAAAGAAUAAUGCCGAGGACGAAGAUGUGAAGGAAAUUUGCAAUGAUCUGGUUCAGCCGGGUAGUACGAGUAAUCCACCGGGCCUGUGGGCAUUGCUCACAUCACGGCGAAAGCCGGCGGACCCUGAUGCUACGGCAACCGUACGGAGUGUUUUUGAUGACGCGAAUCUCGCCGGCUACUAUCUACCACAUAAGGACUAUGAAAACCUCCACCGAUUCGACCCUUCGGAGCGAUGGACGUACCGGGAGGAACAGGAAGUGCGGAGGAAGAUUGACUUGAAGAUAUUUCUUUGGGUUCUAGUCAUGUUCUUUGCUCUCAAUAUUGACCGAGGCAAUCUAAGCAAUGCCGUAGCGGAUAACCUUCUCAAUGAUAUUGGUAUCAACACCAAUGACUAUAACAACGCUCAGAACAUGUAUCGGGUCGGUUUUUUAAUCUCCGAGAUUCCUUCUCAGAUGAUUGGAAAGUGGCUUGGGCCGGAUCGAUGGAUUCCCAUCCAAAUCAUAAUUUGGAGUCUCGCCUCUGGGGGCCAGUUCUUCAUACACAACCGCGCGGGAUUCUUUGCGUGCCGGUUCAUGAUUGGCCUGGCCAUGGGUGGGUUUAUCCCCGAUGCCAUUCUUUACUUGUCCUACUUUUACACCAAGGCUGAGACACCGCUGCGUCUUGCGCUUUUCUGGUUCGUAGACUCCAUGUCGGGCGUUGUGGCUUCCUUCAUCGCCUACGGGGUUCUACACUUGCGCGGCGUGGCCGGCAAGGAGGGUUGGAGGUGGCUGUUCCUCAUUGAGGCCCUCAUCAGCAUCACCAUCGGCUUUCUCAGCUUCUUGUUCCUAGUCCCCGGACCGACGCAGACAAAGACGUGGUGGAACCCAAAGGGAUACUUUACGGAGCGCGAGGAGAAAAUCAUGGUCAACCGCAUCCUGCGCGACGACCCGUCCAAGGGGGAUAUGCACAAUCGAGAGCCCUUGACUUUGGCUAUGCUGUGGCAGAGUCUAAAGGACUACGAUCUCUGGCCCAUCUAUGUUAUUGGCAUCCUCUUCGAGAUUCCCACGGCACCUCCCAAAGCGUACCUGACGCUGUCACUCAAGUCACUCGGCUUCAGCACCUUCAACACCACGCUGCUGAGCAUUCCAGUCACCGUGUUCGCCGCUCUCAAUAUGCUAGGCGUGACCUGGCUCACAGAGAAGACGAACCGGAUCGCCAUCACUGGCCUUUUGGCACAGGUCUGGGUCCUGCCUCUGCUCGUCAUCGAAUACACGUCUGUAGACAGCCUUUCGGCAUGGGGUCAAUACGCCCUCAUCUUUAUCAUCCUCGGCCAACCAUCGGUACACGCCGCGCAGGCGAGUUGGUGUUCUCGACUCAGCAACACGGUGAGGACGCGAGCCGUGAGCACGGCCGCGUAUAAUAUCUCGGUCCAGCUGUCGGGCAUCGCCUCCUCCAACAUUUACCGCGAGGACGACAAGCCAGUCUACCGCCGAGGAAACGGGCAGCUCAUCGCCAUCGCCGUGGGCACGAUUGCGGCAUAUGCGCUCGCAGAGGUCUACUACGUGACGCGGAAUCGGUACAAGAGGCACGCGUGGGACACUAUGACGCCAGAGGAAAAGGCGACAUAUCUAGAGAACAAUGGUCACUUGGGAAAUAAGAGGCUUGAUUUCCUCUUUGAUCACUAA